CACGCCCUUCUUGAUCUUAGAGCAGAGGAAUACAGACUAGACAUCACUUGCACUGUACUACUGCACUGUACUAUACUGUAUAUAGCAUGGGGAAAGAAACACAACUGUUAGAGGCAGCUUCAGCUGGAAACAAUAGUAAAGUGGAGCAACUGCUCAAGGGACAGUCCAAGCUCCAGAAACUGCUCUCCUCUGACAAGUUGAGUGAUGGUCUCUCCGACUCCCCCCCUCCUCUGGUGAUCCAGAACAAGAAGCAGUCCUCUAGCAUCAAUGUUGACUAUCGUGAUGACACUGGCUCCACUGCACUCAUGCUAGCUGUACUGCAUGGACACAAGGACGUGGUCUACACUCUCCUGCAGUAUUCUGCAGAGCUGUUCACCAUGGACAAUCAAGGGAACACUGCCCUCCACUUUGCUGCCUGGCACAAUCGCUCAGACAUUGUUGACCUACUACUGGCUAACGGAGCUCUGGCAGAAAUAGCCAAUCGUGAAGGGAAUACUCCCCUGCAUUAUGCCUGUCAGUACUGCCCUCCUGGUAAGACCUUCACCAUCAACAAGCUUCUGCAACAUAACUGCAACGUGCUCGUCACUAACAUGGCCGGAGAUUCGCCCUUUGACCUUGCCGUCAGAUUCAACAAAAUAGAUGCAGUGCCACUGCUGAUUGAUGCUGAUGUUCGUACACUCAAGCAGACCAAACCCAUCAUCGAGGCAGCAAAGAAUGGUCGUAAGGAGAUCAUAGAGAUCUUACUGGAGGCUGGAAUGGACCCAAAUAUCUUUGAUCAUAACAAAGGCACGUUUCCCAUGCACGAAGCCAUCAGAUACUUCAGGAAAAAUGUGGCACAGCUGUUGUUGGAGUUUGGAGGAGACCCGACCCAACAAGUCUCCAAUGGACAGACGGCCAUCAGCAUAGCUAAACAGCAUCCAGAGGCCAAGAGGGAUGAAUUCAUUUCCAUGUUUGUUCAACAGCGUGGGAAGCCACUCAGAGUGCCAAAGUCACAACAGACUCACGAUUCUCCAAAAGAAAAAGUUUCAGCCGAUCUUUUCAUCACAUAUCCACUGCUCAAGAACAAGGCUGAAUGGUGUCAACCCACUCCAGACUACUGCAGUGCAUGGACCAAGCAGCACCCACCCACCUGCCUGUUGGACAAUGAUCCCAUCAGCUACUGGAAGAUACCUGCAGCUGGUGCAUACAACUGGGUGGCUGUAGACCUCGGCUCUGAGUACACUCUCACCGGAGUCAGGAUAGCGGGAUGGGAUAACCCAAAGAUGAUUCUCAACUUCAUGAUCGAGUGCAGCGAUUCACUCAGUGGAUCUUGGCGACAUGUGCAAAAGUUCAAAGCGGAGGGUGUAGGGUCAGAGGAGAUGUGCGACCCCUCGGAAUCUCAGGACUUCAAAGGAUUCUACGAGACAGCCAGAUGUUGGAAGCUCAUAGUAGCUGACAAUUUUGGAGACCCCACAACGUGCUUGUCUGAGAUCCAGUUCUUUGGUGUGGAGAAGUCUGUGCUGGACUGGUUUGACCAAAUGAGUCUACAGCAGUACCUCAAGAGUUUUGUCCUGAGGGGUUUCAACCAGCUGAGUGAGUUGGCUACUCUCAGUCGUAUGGACCUCAUGGACGUUGUAUCUGACCCCUCCCAUCAGAGGCUGCUGCUGCAAGAAGCUUCACAGCUCAAGAAGAAAUUCUGCCAGCCCACUAAUCUGUGGUGGGAAGUGCCGCCAGUGGUCAGGACGUCUUGUGAUAAACAGCUUCCUGAAAUCUCUGUACUCAGCAAUCCCUACGUUGUCGGUGACCUGGAAAUACUUGUGCAUGGAGGUGGAAGGUUACGUGGAAGAACAGUACAGCCACUCAUAGCCAAGAAUAAUGGGUACAAAUCGCGAGCCACCUUCAAAGGCUUGACUAUUGAGCCAGCUGGCCAGUACGUAUUUGAGGUGCGGUGUGUGUCCAACCCUUCACUGUUGCUAAGGACCACAGAGAAGACCAAAGUAGACCCACCUCCCAUGGACAGAUCAGAAAUUGGACAAGUGUUCGAUGAUUUUGACAAAAUGCUCCAGUUUGACAUUUAAACACUUUUUUAUGCAUUUUUUUUAUGCAUUACGUUUCCAUUCGUAAUUACAGAUUAAACAUAUAAUUUAUUUGUCAUGCUGUUCAAUAAUUAUUCAAAAUGA